AUGGAAGAAUCUCUAUUACAUUGUUAUCAUGAAAUGAUACCGGUAGGCUCUUUUCUUGAAUCUCCACUUCUGUUAAAAGAGGAAUAAAAAUUUACAGAUGUUAGAAUUAUUGAAAAACCAGAAGAAGAAAAUUGUAAAAUCCAAGCAAAUAGAAUAUAGCGUAUAUUUGAUAAUCAACAUAAAUUAAACAAACCAAAAUAAAGCUAUAAAGUUGAACUAGAAUUAUCAAUAAUUUUAUUGAGAGAAAUAAAAAUUCAUCGAUAAUUAGAAUUUAUGAUGCUGCUUUCCAUUUUCAUUGAUGCUUUAAUCAGACUUAAUUCUUAUAUAUAUUUAUUUCUUCUAUUAGCUGAAAAAGACAGCGAUGGUAGGAUUCUAUUAUAUUACUUAAUAUUAAUACCAAGGUUUUACUUUUUUCUAAGUUUAAUUAGAAUGUUAUUUAGAAAAUUACAUUUAUACAGAAAUCAACCAAUUUUGAUGAUAAUUGUAUUAUUUAGAUAAAAUUUUACUAAUAAAAAUAUAAUCGAAGAAGCAUCAAAAGAAUGGUAUGAUUGGCGAAAUGAAUCAUCUCAAUUCAAUAUUAAAUAGCUUUUGAUCUAUUUAUUAACUCCUAAUGAAUUAUCUUACUUUUAAUUAAAAUCCCUAAAAAAUGGACUUAAAACAUAUAUUGUUACUAGCUUUAUACUUAAAACAAUUGAGAUAGUCAUGUUCACUCCAGUUAUCUUAAUACUAUUAAAUUUUAAUGAAAAAAUUAUAAACAAACAAUUUUUAAUUUCAAAUGGAUAUUAACAAUUUACUCUCGUUUUAAUAUACAUUGAUGGAAUUAAAUACAUUUUUUUUAGUAUUUUUUACUUAACUAAAAGAAACUAUUAGAUUAAUAAAUAUUGA